CCCCCCACCCCCCUCAUCUCCAGGACAGGAAGAAAACGAACAGUAGCGGCAGAAGCAGUAAGGACUGGACACAAUUCCAGGAAGAGGAAGUGGGCAGUGACCUUUCUGAGCGAAAAGACACCGAGGGUCGCACAGCUGCUGAGCGACACUUUGAGGGAGGCUUGAGGAGGAGGAGGAGGAGAAGAGCCUGUUGGAUCCAUUAGUAGAUCCUUUUAUCGAGGGGAGGAAGGAGGUGCUGAAAUAUUGACAAUCUUCUCAUCGGAUUUUGGAACUUUGAAGGAACGUCUUGCUGAGAUCUUUGGAAUAUUCGACUUUGUCGACACUUGGCGGGGAGGAUUUGGGAACUCGGGCUGACCGGCAGUGAGAUCAUGGCUUUGCUUCGCCUCUGGACUAUGGGGAUUGUGGCCGUCGUGGCCUGGUCCAUCUCGCCAGGCAUUUCCGAGGAGUCGGGGAUUCCUGCAGCAGUGGCGUCGGAGAGGCAAGGAGUUGGGGACAUUGUGAAGAAGGAGACCCAUCCUGUCCUGUCCCGGAAAAAGAGGGAAUGGAUCUGGAAUUCACUCUACGUGGAAGAGGAGAAACCAGCACCCAAUCCAUACAAGAUCGGACAGCUUAAGUCAAGUCAGCGAGUGGAGGUGAAGAGGUUUAAAAUCGAAGGCGAAGGUGCAAACAGCAUCUUCACCGUGGACCAAAAAGGCGACCUGUUUGUCAGCAAGUCUUUGGAUCGAGAAGAGAAGAGUUCGUACAAUUUGACCGCCAGGAUGUAUGACGGUAACAACAAGCUCAUUGAGGACUCGGGACACUUUGUGGUCCAGGUGACGGACAUCAACGACAACAGUCCAGUUUUCCCUAGAACUUACAAUGGCUCCAUCAUGGAGAGGUCUUCAAUAGGAACAAAAGUGGUCGAGGUGAGGGCAACCGAUGCAGACGACCCCACCACUGCUAACAGCGAACUGCGCUACUCUCUGACGCCGGAUGGUGACCUCUCUGCUUUUCAAAUCGACAGCAUCACAGGUAUGAUCAGCUGCAAAACCAGCACUCUGGAUCGGGAAACCAAAAGCCAGUACGUGGUGGUGGUCCGGGCUCAGGACAUGAGGGGAAUGGCGUCCGGUAGCACAUCCACCACCUCCGUCACCAUCACCAUCAGCGACACCAAUGACAACAUCGCCUCCUUCACCAGACGAACUUAUGAGCUGCAGGUUCCGGAGGACCACAAGCUGAACGAGAGGAUGGGGACACUGGAGCUGGAGGAUAGGGAUCAGAUUCAAAACAAGGAGCCCAUCUUCUCCAUGCCCAAUGACAACAAAAUGUUCUACAUUGAUGUCAAUCUCAACAAGGACGGCAACCUCAUGCUCCGACAGGCUUUGGACUACGAGACCAGAAACAGUUACUCCUUUACCAUCCAAGUGCGGGAAAACCACAGAAACCUGCGCUUCCCAGCUGACAAUGUGGCCACGGCUGUCACUACAGCCCAGGUGAACAUCAGGGUGUUAGAUGUGGACGAGGCGCCCGUCUUUUCACAGCCAGUCUACACUUUCAAGGUGUUGGAGGAACGACUUGUCAACAACGUCGGCACAAUCAGCGCCAGAGAUCCCGACAAAGCCAAUAAGAGCAUCCGAUACUCCAUCUUGGACAAGGACUGUCCAAUCGCUAUCAAUCCAAUCACAGGGCAGCUGUCCACCCUGAGGACUCUGGACCGUGAGCUGCAGGCCACGCACAUGUUCCAAGUUAAAGCCCAAGAGGAGCCAAGCGGUUUGGAGUCGUUUGUCAAAGUGAACAUCAUCGUCGAGGACGUCAAUGACAACAAGCCCGAACUGGCUGUGGACGAGAUCUUUGUCUGUGAGAGCGACACCGCAAAGACAGUGAUCGGGACUCUAAGAGCCACCGAUAAAGACGACCAGCCAGCCUCCUUUACCUUCAGCCUAGCCAGUCCCAGCUCCAACUUCUCCAUCAGAGACUUUGGCAACAACACAGCAGACGUCCUGGUGAAACAAGGCCCCUUCAACCUGGAUGACCCCCAUGAGUACAGCGUGGACGUGAGCAUUAGUGACGGCGGACGCCCCAUCCAGACCAGCAUCACCAAACUUGUCAUCAAGGCAUGUCGAUGCGAUGCCAGGAGGAUUCCCACACAGUGUAAGGCCGUGGCUCAGAAGAUGGGAGUGAGCGUCCAUGUGCUCAUCGCCAUUCUUCUCUGCAUUCUCACCAUACUUGUGAUCGUGAUUCUCUUUGUGAUGAAGAAACGCUAUCACAAGGAUUCACUGGCCAAUAUGAAGAACAGCGGAGAGAUUCACGAACAGCUGGUCACGUACGACGAGGAGGGGGGAGGAGAGAUGGACACCAACGGGUAUGAUGUCUCCAUUCUGACAUCGGCGUUCCACGAUGGCUCGCUUCUCCGCCACCCGGAUUGCCACCCCCACCCGUCCCUUUACGCCAUGGUCCAGAAGCCCCACCCGCACCACGGCCAGCCCUCCGCCUGCAAGGGCGACAUGGCGGCUAUGAUCGAGGUAAAGAAAGACGAGGCGGACCACGACAGGGAUGGCUUCCCGUACGAUACGCUGCACAUCUACGGUUACGAGGGGCCAGAGUCCAUAGCGGGGAGCCUCAGCUCUUUGGGAAGUUCCUCCAGCGGCUCGGACUCGGAUUACGACUUCUUGAGCGACUGGGGCCCCAGGUUCAGGACCCUGGCUGAGCUGUAUGGCGUGGACGAGCGUGACUACUACCACUAAUAGUCUUCUGGGGAACAUGCCGGAAUACUGAACAGCCAUGUACACACACACACACACACACACACAUUAAGACACAACAACUGACCUUGAUGGUGUCAGUAUUGUUUCUGGACGAGGAGCUUGGAGAAAUCUGGAAGCUCUACCAAGACGUCCAAUCAGAUAUAAGGAUGUCACAGGAGGGGGAGGGGCUUCCUCAUUUGACGAUUGCCUAGAAGGGAGCAGCCAAUCAGAGUUGAGGUCUGAGCAGUUUGUGUGCCAUUUUUUUAAUUUUGUACUUUUUCUUUUAAUCUGUACAUCAACACAUUUAAAUGUAUAAUCCACAAAAUAAGAAGAGUGUUGGACAAAAAAAAAUAAAAAAAAACAGUCUUCGCUACACAUCUUAAAAUACUGUCCACCUAAAAGGGGAACGCUUGGAAUACACUAUUGUGAAACUUAAUUAAAAUAGCUAAAAAUACUCCAACAUUUGCUCUUACCAAUAUAGGCUCCCCAAAUUAUCGACAAUUUUUGAAUUUGUGUUUUUUUUGGUGUAAAAAAAAAAUAUUUAAACCAAGAAAUUAGAAGCUGGUGGUUUAUUAACGGUGUUAAACAACCUGGUUGAUACUGAAAAGGAACAAAAACAAAGACUGGAAUUUUACAUUUUUAAGUCUAUUUUUAAGAGUUUUUCCUGCCUUUUUAAUCCAAAUAUUUAUCUUUUUAAAGUUUUAUCCCUUUCUUUUGCCAACGAACCGUAGUAAUAGUCAGAACUAAAUCAACAGUCCAUCAGGCACCAUUGCACGUUUAGCAGCAUUCUGAAAAAAAGUAAAGCAAAACUACUCUGAAUGUUUUCUCCAAAAGCCAAGCAGUGAAUGAGGAGUCAUUUUCCAGUCGAGCCAUUCGCUCCAAUUUGUCAUUUUAUCUGCGGCGAGUAAGUCAGCGAGCAGAGAGAGGAAGAAAAAGGAAGAAAAAAAAAAAAGAAGAGCUUUGUUUGACAUGAGCCAUCAUCACGGUUAUUGUUGUGUUGAAAGCUCAACUCUCAGAGGCCUCGUCUCAGUGAAGUCCUCUGUACAACUCAGGAAGCUCACGGAUGCGCCAACAACUUUAACCUCUCAUCCUUCUGGCUACUGUCAAGCUUGUGGAAUCAAACCCCCACCUUCCAAAAAAAUGGACAUUUGCUGAAUAGAUUUAUUUGGAAAAAUACGUACAUUCUAAAAUAAAUCAGUUCAAGUUUUCUAUGGCCUUUAUAUUUUGAAAAUACGAUUUAAUAAGAUAAGUCACAAAUAAAAUAUAAAAAUAAAAAAUAAAAAUAGUAAAAAAAUAAAUGUUUUAAUGGGAAUAAAAUACAAAUAUUAGAAUGAAGUCAUAAUGUUAAAAAAAGUCAUAAUACUAUGAGAAGUACUGUGAAAUAUCGUAAUACAGAAACUACAAGAAGUGAGUUUAAAUAUUCGUACAUUUGAAAAACAGCAGAAAUUGAUAACACAAGCAGGAGAGAAAAGGUUCAUCAUAAAAAUACAAUCAUUCAAGUCCAAAAAAGACGUUGCAGCUGAGUGCAAACCUUGUCAUGCACAGGUGUCAGUGGUGUCAGUGGUGGUAGAGAUGUGUAGAAGGUUUAAUAACCAUCCUCAUUGUGCGUUUGAAGCAUGAGGAGCACACAGGAAACUCCCAUAAGGACGGCAAAAAGGUCUGGGGAGCUUUGGGUUUAUAUAAGGUGUUAAAAGGCAAAUGUGUCGCCCCCCAAUUUCAAUGCAGUUGAAAUGAAGAUGCAGUGAGUCUUAUGUUGUUUUGUUUGUUAGCAUGAUUACUACUUUAGCCAUAUACAUAAAACUCUGAGGAAGUACCAGGUAUGGGCCAAAGAAAAUUCUAAUCCCGUUCUUGCAGAUAAAGGUAUCACGGUUAUUUGUUCCAGAUUGAAUUUCUUCAUAGUUCUGGCAAAAAAAAAAGUGUUUACAAUGUGCUAAAUACUUUUUAAAAACAUGAUUAGAGCUGGGGCGGCACGGCGGUCAAGUGGUUAAUGUGCAGACCUCACAGCUAGGAGACCAGGGAUCAAUUCCACCCUCGGCCCGUGGAGUUUGCAUGUUCUCCCCGUACAUGCGUGGGUUUUCUCCGGGUACUCCGGUUUCCUCCCACAUUCCAAAAACAUGCUAGGUUAAUUGGCGACUCCAAAUUGUCCAUAGGUAUGAAUGUGAGUGUGAAUGGUUGUUUGUCUAUAUGUGCCCUGUGAUUGGCUGGCCACCAGUCCAGGGUGUACCACGCCUCUCGCCCGAAGACAGCUGGGAUAGGCUCCAGCACCCCCGAGACCCUCAUGAGGAAAAGUGGUAGAAGAUGAAUGAAUGAAUGAUUAGAGCCCUCUAGACAUGGAAUAACAUCCCUAUAGUCACUUUUACAUUAGUAUUACCCAAUAUAGCCGAUAUAGUCAGAGAAAAUAAGUAAUUUAAGACAGUUUAUCUUGUACGGGAGUAGAAUGAUGAUGGACAGGUUUUGACGUUGGGGGUUCCGAGUUGAGGUUUAGCUUAUUGUGGGCUAUGGCAGCAACAGUCGACUGUGUUGUUAUUAUGAUGAUGCUGAUUAUCAUUAAGUUCAUAUUAUUGCGCCUGUUGUGCAGUAAUAUGAACCUGCAGUAAAAGCUAGUUGUUGAUCAAGUCUGGUGCUUGUAUCACUGGACAAUUACUGACACCUAGUGACCAAUGUGGAGUACUACACUCACAAGUUGAACGGCAGUUUUAAUAGCUUUGGAAUAGGAUUUGAUAUAUUCCCUUUCCGCCCUGUGAUUGGCUGGCGACCAGUCCAGGGUGUACCCCGCCUCUCGCCCGAAGGCAGCUGGGAUAGGCUCCAGCACCCCCCGCUACCCUCGUGAGGAAAAAGCGGUAGAAAAUGAAUGAAUGAAUAUUCCCUUUCCAUGUCCUUUUCCAAUUAAUCCAAGAAUCCUGGAACCAUUGAUAAUCCCGCCACAGGCCAUUUUUCCACACUUAAAAUUUCAAAUUGAGAUUGUUGGGAUUGGUCUCCUUGUUGUUCUUGCUUGGAAGACCAAAACCGAGGACACAAUAGCUGGAAGUCACAUCAAUCUUUUUCGGCAUUCACGUGUGAACUUCCAGCACCGUCUUCCCUCCUCGAAUCAACGCUAAAACCAAACAUCGGAGUCAUAUUCCUGUCCAGAAGGAGGGAGGACGGGGGGGGGUUGUGCCCGCCUGUUCCUGCCGUGUGUUAUUUAUCUCUGGUGGGCCGACACAUUGUCCUCACUUCCUGUUUGGUGGGCUUGACAAACAAUCUUGGAGAGGAAGGCGAGGAGGUUGAAGGUUAAGAAGAAACAAGCAUUAAGAGAACAAUGUGGCCAUUGGAAGCUUUCAAUCACUGCGACACCGAAAAACAUGUCUUAAAACCUUAUGACCAAUCGGAAUAUUUAGUUUUUUUUAACAUUUAUCACAAAAAAACCCUAAAAUGUAUUUUUCCAUCACCUUCUACUCGACUUGUGUCUGUUUCUUCCAUGCUUGUAUUUAUUUCCUAAGAAAAUGGACCACAAAAUGUUUUCUUUCAAGCUCAACCGCCUGAUUUUGCUGCUGAAUUCACUGCGUGGGACUUUAGAGCGAAAAGAAAAUAAAACCUUUUUCAGCCAAUUUAUUCAUCUACAUUGUGAGAAGCAGAUGGACAAAUUGGGCCCCACAUUCGUUUUCUGGGCCAUUUCUGCUCCUUCAUUUCAGAUUUCACUUCGCAGGAAGUAAAUAUCUCAAAGUAAAAACUGAAAGUUGAUUUUUGUGGUUGCAAUUCCAUCUUUUAUCCAGUUUAAUUGGGCUUUAAGUGCAUUUACGUCACAUUACGGCAACACCGGAGUCAGUAUAAACAAUAAAAUGAUAUUCUUUGAUGGUAUAUUCAUGCUUCAGGUUGAAGGAAGGUGAUUUUUACAUUCAUAUUCACUGUCUCAGGUUGGGAACAGACACGUGUGUACACUAAUAAAUGACAUAUUUUCACUGUAUUUUGUGCGUCACUGAAAUGUACAGUAUACAAAAAUGUGCCUCUCCUUGUGAUUUUGUUGUUUUUUUUAUAAAUACUGUAUUUAAGCGACUAUAAACUUGACAGCAUCGCUUUUAAAAGUAUAAUUUGGAUUUUGAGUCUUAUGUGUUUUCACCAAAAUAGUAGGAAUUUGUAAAGAAAGUGAAGUCAUUCAUUUAAUUAAUCAAUUCAUUAAUUAUGGUGCUUUGCUUUUUGUAUAAAAUCCUACUCAAUUCCAGUGGGAACGGCGUAAAGUAAAAUAAAAAAAAAAAAACAUUUCUUCACUGUGUUAACAGAGAAGACGUGUGCCUUCGUUCUUUCAUGAAAAUAAUAGCAGAAUUAUUUUCUUUCUUUUUUUUUUGGAUGCUGAACGCAAUGUUUUAUAUAUUGUUUUUAUGGCGUAUGCAUAACAAAUGACUUUUUAUGACCUGACAUUUUUGUAAGUGUAGAAUAAAAAAAAAAAAUAAACAAACUUGAAAAUGUUU